AUGCUUUCAGAAAGUGGAGCAAAGGAUUCUGGUACGGAGGUACGUUUUUCUUUUCAGAUAAAGAAAGGAGAUAAAGCGGAUGUAAAAUUGUUUUAUGAAAGUCUAUGCCCUUACUGUGUGGACUUCCAUAAACGUUUGGACGCCGUAUUAAAGGAAAUCGGAUCGUACAUCAAUCUUAAACUGUAUCCUUAUGGAAAUGCUGAUAGGAAGGACGAGAACGGUAAGACCGUAAUUAUCUGUCAGCACGGCGAAAAAGAGUGUUACGGGAACAAACUUCACGCCUGCGCUAUUGAUCAACUGAAGGAUAUUCAAAAGGCGGCAUAUUACAUCACCUGUAUGAUGAACGGGACCUGGGGAGGCGCCGGAUCCACUGAUAAAGACGCCACUAAGUGCGGAGAGCAAAUGAAAAUAGACUCAAAGCCUAUCAAGGAAUGCGCUAAAGGUAAAAAAGGGGAAGAACUACUAGAAUACUACGGCAAAGAAACCGAUAAGGCCGGGAUAGAUGGUACGCCUUAUGUAUUAAUAAAUGAAGAGGAGUUUGACCUGAACGACGACUUGAAGAAGGACAUAUGCAAAGUUUUGAAAAAUCCGCCACCUCAAUGUAAAACUAAAGAGUUAUUGGACACUUUGUAUUCAAUUUUGUCUAACAUACUCUGAAUUUGGUGCAAAUAUAAUUGUCCUAUUUGAUGAAAUUGUU